AAAGGCCCAGGCGGCUACAUUUGUCUGAUGCAGCACUUCUGGAAGAACAAACCCUGAGGGCAGUUGCAGCUUAACGAUGCUGGAGCAAGACACACUGGAGAAGUAGGGAGACGGAUCAAGGAGUUGGGUAAUAGAGAAAUGGGUAUAGGGUUGGGGCUGGAUGUUGGUAACCUUAUGGGGUAGCUUGGAGAUGCGGAGGACAUGUUUUAAGGCCUUUUGAAAAUUUUACGUUGUGUUUCAUUAGGGUUUCAUUAUUUAAAACAUUUCCUUUUUGAGGGGCAAUUCUAUUCCAAGCUGACUAAUCCCUGAACUUGUAAAACCACAACAAGCGUGUGUGUGAUACUAGUGAGUCACUGAUGAUGAAUCAUGCAUACUUCAGUGCAAAUAAAUGAAUCCCUUUGUUUCAUUUAUUUUUGUUUUGGUAGUAUCUGGAGGGCCUACAGAAAGAUCAUGACCUUGUGGAACCAGGUGUUGUUUAAGCACAGAAAAAGACAGACUCUGAGCCUUCAUACACUCUUUUUUUAUCUAUUUAAGCUUGAGUUCAACUUGUCUUAUCAGCAUGAAUAAAAAUAUGUCUAAACCUCUUUAAAAUCGAAGUCUAAUAGUAAACAUUUCUGCCUUGUGGAAUGUGGCAAUUUAAGUAGUCUAGGAAGGAGAAGGUAGGAGCACUAUAUAAGGGACUGUGCAUCCCAGGAAGAGAGAAAUAGUAGGGCUGUUAGCUUGCUGGCAAAUUUACGUCUCCCUAUGUAGUUCUGAAAAUUGAAGACCCCUUGAAUUUCAGCUCAGUAUUUUAGUUGCAGAAAUUGUAUUAACUACAUUCAUUAUUUCCAUUAAUUGCACCACUACAUUAGUAAAGGUGAAGUUUUAAUUGGCUUUUCAAUGGAAAAUUAUAUGUAGAAGGAACAGUAGGGGGUGUUACAUGUGUGUUUAUCUGCUAUCUCUCACUCCCUUGCAUGGCAGUUUUUGUCCUUGGGAGAAGGGUAUGCCAAAGAGUCUGCUUUUGGCUUAACAAGAUUUUCUUCUGAAUUAGCACUUCUUUGCACUCGAUUUCUGUGAAACAUAACUAUGAAGAUUCACUAGGCUGCAACUGUAAAAGUAAUUUGUGAAAUGAACUGCAGAAAGACUAAGCAGCAGCAUCGAAACUGCUUAUGAGAGCUUUAGCAGUUAUUAUAAUUUGCUCAUGAAUGUAUGUUAGCUUGCUUAAGUUACAUAUUAAUCAGGCCUAGAUCUGGGAUGAGCACUUACUUAGAGAUGGGGUAAAUAAGUUCUUUGUUGUAUAUAGUGUACUGUCCACAUCAACUGGAUUGUAGGAUUUUGGCUGUUGAGUAUGUAUGCACAAAGGAUGAUCUGCUUCAAUUCAUGCGUCUUCACCCCCAUCUUCACUGGUAUUGCAUUAAAGCACAAUUUAAGAUGGUAUAAAGGUGAUCUCACCAAACAGCCCUUGUAAAGGAGAGUGCCAGCUGGUUGAUUCUGCUUUAGGAUAAUGGCAGGAAAAGUAAAGUGGGUAACUGACAUAGAAAAAUCUGUUCUAAUAAACAACUUUGAAAAAAGAGGCUGGAUUCAGGUGGCAGAAAAUGAAGACUGGAAUUUUUAUUGGAUGAGCGUACAAACAAUCAGAAAUGUUUUCAGUGUGGAAACUGGUUACCGCCUCUCUGAUGACCAGAUUGUCAAUCAUUUCCCAAACCACUAUGAACUGACCAGAAAAGAUUUGAUGGUAAAGAAUAUCAAGCGAUACAGGAAAGAACUUGAGAAAGAAGGAAGUCCACUUGCAGAAAAGGAUGAAAAUGGGAAAUAUAUUUAUUUGGAUUUUGUUCCUGUUACUUUUAUGCUUCCGGCCGAUUAUAAUCUCUUUGUUGAAGAAUUCAGGAAAAAUCCCUCCAGCACUUGGAUUAUGAAACCUUGUGGCAAAGCUCAAGGAAAAGGAAUAUUUCUAAUCAAUAAACUCUCCCAAAUUAAAAAAUGGUCUCGAGACAGCAAAACGUCUUCGUUUGUAUCUCAGUCUUCCAAAGAAGCCUAUGUGAUUUCUCUCUAUAUUAACAAUCCAUUACUUAUUGGUGGAAAGAAAUUUGAUCUUCGUCUGUAUGUUUUAGUAUCUACAUAUCGUCCACUGAGAUGUUACAUGUAUAAACUUGGAUUUUGCCGGUUUUGCACAGUAAAGUACACACCAAGUACAAGUGAACUGGAUAACAUGUUUGUACAUCUUACAAACGUUGCCAUUCAGAAACACGGGGAUGAUUACAAUCAUAUCCAUGGAGGCAAGUGGACAGUGAGUAACUUACGCCUGUAUCUGGAGAGCACACGUGGAAAGGAAGUCACAAACAAAUUAUUUGAUGAAAUUCACUGGAUAAUUGUGCAGUCACUGAAGGCUGUGGCGCCUGUAAUGAAUAAUGAUAAACACUGCUUUGAGUGUUAUGGAUAUGACAUUAUCAUUGAUGACAAGCUUAAACCAUGGCUAAUUGAGGUUAAUGCUUCCCCUUCUCUUACUUCCAGUACUGCUAAUGAUCGGAUCUUGAAGUAUAAUCUUAUUAAUGACACACUUAACAUUGCUGUGCCUAAUGGGGAAAUUCCAGACUGUAAAUGGAAUAAAUCUCCACCAAAAGAAGUUCUUGGCAAUUAUGAAGUCUUAUACGAUGAAGAGAUGGCACAAAGCGAUGGUCCCGAUCGUGACUUGCGGAGUCGUCCUGGACAAUCCACUGGAGUAAAAGGAAAUCGUGCAAGAGAUUCAGGAAAGCCUGUACUGACCACCUGGAAGUGAUAACAGGAGAAACAGCUGCACUCGUGGUAGGAAGGCAUCAUGAACAAAAAUGCAGGUUUUGAACAGAUUCGUCUACUUUGCUACCUUGCAUAUGGAAAUAUUAAAAGAGGACAGUACAGCUGUUGAAAAGAAGUGAAACAAACAAUCUAAAAGCAGUAACUGUACUAGACAUACAUUGAUUUAAUGAUUAUCCCAAUAAUUAUAUAUAUAGUGUGUAUGUAUAUAUGAUAAUUUUGUACAUAUGUAGUUUGUAUAUACUAAUAUUCUCCCAGUAAUGAUUGAGAACUUUCUUUAUAAAGAUAAUAACUCAAAACAUGCAUUCUGAAAGAAACCCCUUGCUGUUCUGAAUAUAAUUUAUUCCCUCUGUAACCUGUCCCUAGCUCCCUAUAAUAAAUGAGCUGUGGAUUCUGUAAGAGUGUGGUGUGGUGAGCGUUAAUAUUGUCACAUGAGGGUUUAGAUUCCUGCUAGUAAAAGAAGAGAAACUAAGAAAAAUAGCAAUGCAUGGACUUGAGGCUAUUGUCAGUUAAGGCAGCUAAUGUUUUACAAUUAGUAGUAAUAAACUGAAAAGCAAUUCUUUAUAUGCUGAGGAUUUUUGGUUUGGUUUUGGUUAGGUUUUUAAAUUUCCUGUAAUUGUUUUGAGCUGCUAACUCUUUAAAGGUAGAAAGUUUCAUGGGCAGAGGGAGUGUUUCAAAUGGUAUGUUGAUGCACUUUUUGACUAGCCAUUAAUUUUUAUUUCAAGAUGAUGCAUGUCUGUAGAGAAACAGACAGAACAAUAACAAGCUGUAAUAAAUCUCAUUGCUUGAAGCCAAUGAGAAAUCCUUAUUUGCAGCAGUAAUAUGAGAAUCUCAUUGCAUAUUUGUGCUUGUAUAUAAGUAAAAUAUCUGUAUAUUUUUGUGUGAACUGUAACAAAAAUAUUGUUGCACAUGGUAAGCUAUUGCUGGUAGCUAUGAUAACGAACGUUGUGAUGAUUAGCUACCAGAAUGUAUAGAGCAAAAUUUAAAAAUAGGUAUUUCAGUCUUCUAACAGUGUAGCAUAUAAAUAAACUAGUUGGGUGUGUGAUUGGC